AUGUCCAACGCGAAUCCUAAUGGAGCUGAUACGAAGCCUUCGGACGUUGACGGGCUGGGGUACUGGACCCUGCUUUACGGUAACGGGCCGGGAUACAGCUCGCCACGGACCGUGCCCGGUAACCAGACGGCAAAAAACGCGGUGCACGGCUCGGCGGCGCCACGCCAGUGGGCCACGCACGGAGGAGAGGACGUCCCAGCCAUGGCCACUGGGCCUCUGGCGAGGGAGCUCUUCUCCGGAACCAUGGAUCAGACGGUCAUCGCCCACGCCAUCGCCUUCGCGGCCUGCCUGCCACCCUACGCGGCGCGGUGUGUGCUCAAUCAGACGGCACCCCCACCUCCUCAGAACUGCCGGCAGGAGACGGUGGUGAAAAAGGCCCCUGGGAGGGGAGGUGUCGUCCUGGCUAGCUCUGUCAUGUCCGACGAGUCUUCUGCAGCUCGGGCGAUGCCAUGUCUUCUGGUAGCAGUCAUCCUAGCAGCCAUCACCUGAUUCCUGGAUCUUUCGCUCCGGUGGAGUAUCCUCUCACCGUUUGGAUUGUCAUAAAAAGGACUUUUCGUAGCUAUUGUAUAAUGUAUAUCUAAAACAAUAACAACAAAAAAAGUAAAAAAACAAAACAAAUAAAAAUCAAUAAAUAAGCCUACUCUAUGUGUUUCUAGCACUUAUGAAUUUAUUUAUGUUACUUUAUAUUUUUUAAUUUAUAUUAAAUUUUCUAAAUGUCAAAUUUAGAGUCGCCUCACCUGACGUUUAAUCGGAUUGAUUC